GGAGUGACGUGCACAUUCACCUGCGCAAGCGACGAUUCCGCAGUUGUACCUCGCGAACGCGCCACUAAAGACGCCAUCUUUUGAAUCGUUGUUUUUUAUAAUUCGAACUUUUUUUUCUUAAGUGUGUGUGGUCAACGGUGACGGAUCUUUUUACGCUGUUUAUUGGUGCUCCGAGCUGAAAAUGUUAUCCAGGCACCAUUGGACGGGUUUCAUCGUGCUGUUGGCGGUAACCUUCGCAUCAUGUGCCCAAGUAGAAGACCCUUGCAAGACGAAGUCACGAGUAGUGGCUGACGACAAGUACUGUGACAAAUACUGGGAGUGUGACAAUGGCCAGUCGAUCCAGUACGACUGUCCUAAUGGGCUGGUCUUCGCUGGCAAGCAUCGAGGAGUGACGGAGGGUUGUGACUAUCCUUGGAGGUCGAACUACUGCGAGUACCCUAAAGUUCAGAUUAACCCCCCAAUCGGCACAGAGCACUGCGACUGGCUCUACGGCAUCUUCGGUCACGAGACCUCAUGCACCAGGUACUGGACUUGCUGGAACGGCACUGCUACGGAACAGCUCUGCAUCGGAGGCCUGCUGUACAAUGAGAACGCCCACUCCUGUGAUUGGCCCGAAAAUGUUGAUGGCUGUCAGAAACAUCCUCUCUGCAACGACGAUCCCAACGGCAACGUGCCUCUAGGCAAGUCCUGCAACCGCUACUGGCAGUGCCAGGGUGGUUACCCUCGUCUGCAGCGCUGCCCCGCCAUGCUGGUCUUCGACAGAAGGUCCCUGAGGUGUGUGGUGCCUCCCACUGAGGAGUGCGAUGUCCCUACCACCACGGCUCCACCACCGGAGGAAGAGAAUCAGCAGGAUUUAAGACAGGGUCAACAGCACAAGCGGCCAAACGGUGAAUACCAGGACCAGGGCCGCCAAAGACAACAAUCUAGAAAUUAAGUCUCCAUCAUCUAGAAUCUUCUAGAACCUUUCCUCAUUCCAAAUUCUUCUUCUUUCGCCUCGAAAGCUUCUCCCACCAUUGUACUCUUCUCCAUUAGAAGUAAUUUAUACUUCAUCGUUUUACAUUAGUCAUGUAAUUAAUGUAGUGAUUAAUUAUAAGUGUAAAAUACUGCCGUGAAACUAAAAUAAUACUCAGUAAGUGAAUCUGGCGCAAUUUCAAAUCGGGUUGGAUCACCGUGGCAUGAAGCAGCCAUCUUUAAAAUUUUAAAUGUAGUUCGAAAUUCUAAAGUUUCAUUUUUUAAAUUGUUUGUGGUUUAUUUCAAGCCUGGAUUCUGACGUUAGUCUUGUGUAAAAGAGGUGUUAUUUCAAAAUGGCGCCCAAAUCCUUUGAAUACUUCAUUAAACUGCGGAGGCUUACUGAUUACGAGGCAUUGUUGCUUUAACUUUCAGUGUUCAUGAGCCAAAUCCUCUGUAUGAAUUGUCUUAUUUGAAGGAAGAGAAUUAAAUCAGUUUCAAAAGAUUUACUUAAUACAUAUUUACUGUUCUGUCUAUACAAAAUAGUUUCUUUCAGUGUUAAUUAUUGGUGUAGGAUUACUUUUUACCUUCAGUCACUAGUAUCUGCUUGUCUAUGCUGAAAACUCAAUAAUUAUAUGCAUUUCCAUAAAUUCAUAGGUACCUUAAUGUCACGAUGGUCUAACCCGCCUGUAAUAAGUUCUUAUACUUAGUCAAUAUUUAUACUUGUAAGUUCAUAUUGUUCUUAAUAAUAGUCAAUAAAAUUAAAUUUAAUAAA